AUGGAGAGAAAAAGAGAUUUGCUGAGUGCUGGUUCGGUCGCCGACGGAGGCCCGAGGAGGAGGCGAACAGUUGUCACUAUCGGAGACUCAGCGAACGAGGAUCGGGAGAUGGAAUUGAAGGAGACGGUGAGGUUCAGAGAUCGAGAGCAGGUGCGGAGGAUGGGCCGGGAUCGAGAUAUAUCCAAGAGGAGGAGGAUUGAGAACAGGGCUGCAGUGCCGCAGAAGAACGGCGGCGGCGGAGGAAGUUAUAGAGAGGUCGUGAGCGUGGAUUCGAGUGAUGAAGAGUACUUUGAGGAGGUGGAGACGUGGAAUUUUCAGCAGAAUAUGACUAAUCAGCUAUCUCCAUCGCCUGACCGUGUGGGUUUCAGCACUCUCCGGUCGUCGCCGGUGCUCCGGGUCAACGUCGAUGAGGUGUUAGGUGUGGCCGUACCCCGGCGAGCUCGCUCCGCGAAGAAGUUUGAUGAGUAUCGAAAUUCAGGCAGCGGCAGAUUCAUGGAGGAUUUGACCGGCCGUAUUUUUCCUCCUUCUCCGGCAGCGGCGACUCCCUUUAGUUCCGGCAGCCAGCCCACGUCAUCUGGGGCCUCAAUGAUGAAGAAGAUGAAACCGUCUUCAACGAUUCAAGACGCGAUCGAAAUCGAGGUGGCCGAAGCUCUGUUCGAUCUGAUGAAACAAUCACAUUAUCAGUCACAGUCAUCGGAAAGGCAAGAAAAAGUCGAUAGAGAUAGCACAGAUGAUAACAAUGGUGAUGAUGAUUCAGAGAGAUUAAGAGCUGUUCGAGGUAAAGAUGAGAUUGACGUUAUUAAAGAUCAAAACAUUCAAUCCAUUAAAGGAGGAGAAGGGAUUGAGGAAGAGAAUUUUGCAGAUGAAGCAGCUCAAGAUGGGUUUGUGGAUAGAGAAAAAGUGGGGUCUCUUGGGGAGAGAGAAUCGCCAUCAUGUGUUGCUAAAGUAAAUGCUUGUGAUAUUCAGUAUCCGACAGUGACAAAAGCGGAUCACGGGGCGAGUGUGGUUGAGGUUGGGGUUAAGAAGGGCGACCGGAUAGAGAUUGAUUUGAUGGCCCUUCCAUCUUUACCAUCGUCUCCAGAGAGAAAUAGUGUGCUCGAUAUCGAUUCUGGGGAUGUCGAGAAGAGUGAAACGAAUCCCGACAGAGGGACCCAAAUGGAGGAGGAAAAGAUUGAAGUAAUUAUAGUUGAUCAGUCACCAGACCUUAAUGUGCAGAAGCAAAGGCUUGAAACCUCAAGUGCUAGCAAAAGCAAUACACAGCUUCAGCAGAACCUGAAGGAGCCGAAAACUCAAUCUCCAACUUCUUUCGUGCCUUUCUCGAUUAGUAUAGGUAGCUGGCCUGGUGUUCUUCCUCAUCCUGGGUAUGUGCUAUCCCAUCGAGAAGAUUUACCAGUAGAAGGAAGUUCCAAGUCUUCAAUCACAACGCAGGCCCCAGAGUUUAAAUUUUCAAAGCCUCGACCCAAGAGAAGCGCAACACAUAGAUACAUUGCCGAGAACAUUCAUUCUCACCAACAGCUUGUGCAGAAGUCUCUAUCAUCUGGUUCGACUAAUGUGGGCACUACUUUGUAUGGGACCCAAUCAUCAAACUUAAAGUCGAUGUUACCUGCACAGAGGUUCGCCAUUGGGAAUCCACUAACGGGAGACUCUGUACGAGGCCAGACUUUGGCGGGUGAGACAAGUGUGAAAUUUUUGCCUCAACAAGCUUCAAGUCAAGCUCAACUUCAAGCUCGUAACUUUUUGCACAACCCGGUUUUCACAUUUCCACCCAACUCGUCCGGACCUUCUCAUUUUGCUAUGCCCUCGAAUUCAUCAACAAAGAAACCUCCUCCGGAGAACUCGUCCCAUGCGGAGGCAUCAAAUGCAGGCACCUUUAAUCGCACGUUUUUCCCUUUCAACGAAGCAAUGAUACAGAACAACAGCUGCCAGUUUCCUAAUCUGCCGAACAUAACUCUACCUUCUUUCAAAGGUGAAUCCAUUUUAAACUCAUCCAUUUAUUCCCUGCCGGUUUUCAAUAUUCCCCCAUAUCAGCACCUCUUGUCCACCUUCAAUACGAAAACCGUUGAAAAUAGAACUUUGCAAAUGGAGAAGAACAACAAUGGUGCCUCUGCUAGUGAUGGCUCAGCUUCUCAACAUCCAAAGCCUAAAAAAAACAAUAACAACAACAGUACCCAGAUUUAUCCAUUUCCCAUCCAACCAAUGAGCUUCGGCCACAUUGGUAACAAACAGCUAAAUGCCGCUUCAGCUCCAGUGAUUAGCUUCUCCACCAUGCCGCAAAACUCCUCCAUCGUCCAGAUGCUUCCGGAACUUUCCUGGAACAGUGGUGGUAACAAGAACUACUUCCCUUUAUCCGAGGAAAAAUCUCGAAAUGCAGUUUCUUCCUCAUCAUCGGCGACUACUACACCUUCUUCCAAAUUUAAAAAUUCGGGUAAAAAUGCCGGUUUUCAUCCGUCCCAUUUAAGUCCCCUCCCAAUUCCGAAUUACUCGCCCUUGCUUCCGAAAUGGGAGAACUUUCCUAGAACAGUGAAACUUCCGGAAGGCUCGUCUCAGUUUCCUGCACGAAACAUUCCUCAGCCGAAAACCCCGCAAAUUCAGGUUCAGGGUCAUGUUGCCUACGGUAAUAGUCCAGUUUUAGUUCAGGGGCAGCUUCCGAAUUCUACGAACAAUAAGACCAGCAGCAAUCAAAGAGUCAGUACAGUGAAAAGCUGA